AUGUCCCGCGCGAGGAUCCUGCGGCUAAGCCUCACCCUUCGCUCCUCCCGCAGUCUCUAUAGAGCUUGGUUUAUGGAGGGGCAGCUUCAAGAGCCGCCGAAUCGUGCUGCGAUGGAGAAUGGUACCGGGACCUGUGAAGAAAAGCGCCCACCUGAGGCCCAGGAGACAACAAUCACCGAAGGGGCCGCCAAGAUCGCCUUCCCCAGUGCCAACGAAGUCUUCUACAACCCGGUGCAAGAAUUCAACCGGGACCUGACAUGUGCGGUGAUCACCGAGUUUGCCCGUGUUCAGCUUCAGACUAAAGGAAUCCAGAUCAAGGUGCCAGGUGAGAAGGAUGUACAAAAGGUGGUCGUGGAUUUAUCAGAGCAAGAGGAGGACAAGGCUGAAUUGAAAGAGGGCGAAAACCUGGCCCCAGGAGACCAACCUCGAACAGCGGCCGUGAGGGAGAUAUGUGAGGAGGGCCUGCGUGUGCUGGAGGGCCUAGCAGCCUCGGGGCUGCGUUCCAUCCGCUUUGCCCAAGAGGUGCCUGGACUUCGAUCUGUGGUUGCCAAUGAUGCCUCCGCCCGUGCUGUAGACCUAAUACGCCGCAACGUGCAGCUCAACCAUGUGGCCCACUUGGUACAGCCCAGCCAGGCAGAUGCCCGAAUACUGAUGUACCAGCACCAGAGGACGUCGGAACGCUUCGAUGUCAUCGACCUAGACCCCUAUGGCAGCCCUGCCCCCUUCCUGGAUGCAGCAGUACAGGCCGUGAAUGAAGGAGGGUUGCUGUGCGUCACCUGCACAGAUAUGGCGGUGCUAGCGGGGAACAGUGGGGAGACGUGCUACAGCAAGUAUGGGGCCAUGGCCCUCAAGAGCCGGGCCUGCCACGAGAUGGCCCUGAGGAUCGUCCUGCACAGCCUUGACCUUCGGGCCAACUGCUACCAGCGCUUCGUGGUGCCGCUACUCAGCAUCAGUGCAGACUUCUACGUGCGAGUGUUUGUCCGUGUCUUCACCGGCCAGGCCAAGGUCAAGGCCUCAGCCAGCAAGCAGGCCCUGGUGUUCCAGUGCGUGGGCUGUGGGGCCUUCCACCUUCAGCGCCUUGGCAGAGCAUCCGGAGCUCCUGGGAGCCGGGUCAAAUUCUCUGCAGCCUGCGGUCCUCCUGUGGCACCUGAAUGUGAGCACUGUGGGCAGAGACACCAGCUUGGUGGCCCCAUGUGGGCAGAGCCCAUCCACGACCUGGACUUCGUGCACCGUGUCCUGGAGGCCGUGAGUGCCAACCCUGGCCGCUUCCACACCUCUGAGCGGAUUCGUGGGGUCCUGAGUGUUGUCACCGAGGAGCUCGCGGACGUGCCCCUCUACUACACACUGGACCAGCUGAGCAGCACCAUCCACUGCAGCACACCUAGUCUCCUGCAGCUGCGCUCAGCACUCCUCCACGCUGGCUUCAGAGUUUCCCUCUCCCACGCCUGUAAGAACGCCGUGAAGACUGAUGCCCCCAGCUCAGCUCUCUGGGACAUCAUGCGUUGCUGGGAGAAGGAAUGUCCAGUGAAACGGGAGCGGCUGUCAGAGACCAGCCCGGCGUUCCGCAUUCUCAGUGUGGAGCCCAGUCUGAAGGCCAACUUCACCAUCCGGGAAGAUGCCAACCCCAGCUCCCGCCAGCGAGGACUCAAGCGCUUCCAGGCCAAUCCUGAGGCCAACUGGGGCCCCCGGCCACGUGCCCGGCCAGGGGGCAAGGCGACAGGUAGUGCCAUGGAGAAGAGGGCCAGGCUGCUCCAGAAUAAGCGCAAGGAGCCAGCUGAGGACCCAGCCCAGCGGGCUGCCCGGCUCAAGACAUUUCCCUGCAAGAGGUUCAAGGAGGGCACCUGUCAACACGGAGACCAGUGCUGCUACUCCCACAGCCCCCUGAUAUCCAGGCCUGCUACUGAUGGUGCCCCCGCUGACUGCCCAGAGACCUCGGACCUGGGGCCGCCACUGGACCAGGCAUAA